AUGGGUUCUGCAACGAAUCUGAUAUUCUUGUGGUUCAUGAUCAAAGGAACAAAUGCUGCCAUGGGAACCCGACAAGGACCAGUUCUGUCAUGGACCCAACGUGUGAAGAUUGCCUUAAGUGCUGCACUGGGGAUUGAGUUCCUCCAUCAUAAGACAGAGCCUUGCAUCAUUCACGGUGACAUCAAGUCCAGCAACAUUCUCCUCUUUGAUAAUGAUGUUGCAAAGAUUGGAGACCUUCGUGUGUCCAAAAACCGCCCCGGUUACUUAGAUGAUCUUAUUUUGGAUUGUGUUAUUCCUUCCCGUAAUGGUUAUGAUGCACCCGAGUAUGAAGCAACUGGAGAGUUUACCAGGGAGAGCGAUGUAUUUAGCUUUGGGGUUGUGCUGUUGGAGCUUUUAACCGGUCGCAUAUCAGGGUAUUCCCAGAAGAGCCUCAUGAUAUGGCCUAUGCUAGGACUUAGUGAAGACAUGGUGCAACAACGUGCGGAUCCAAGGCUUGGAGGAAAAUACCCUCCCAAGGCUGCCGCAAGGCAAGCCAUUUUUGGUGGAUAG